CGGCUCGUUCGCCAGUUCCGGUCACGUUGCUGGGUGUUUACGCCCGGAGGCCUCCCCGGACGCCCCCUAGGCGCCUUGGAGCCCCCCAGAGCGCGGGCCCUGCCGCCCCGCAGCCUCGCAGCAGCUAAUGGCGCCGCAGCCGGAGCGGGCGCUGCGGAACCCCGGACGCAGCUAGCGCGGGGAAGAAGAGCGCCUCCCCCACCCAGCCCGGCCCGGACCCAGGGCUCCUCUGGCCUGUAGCUCCCUCAGGUCCCCAAGGUGGGGCCCAGGCCUGGGUUUCCAUGGAUACCAUGUCCCUGGAGCAUCAGAUCCAGAGUGUGCAACGCCACAUCAGCUUCCUGAAAAAAGAGCAGAUGGCCUUGCUGCGAGACCUGCACCUGGAAAUCCUGAGGCUGCAGAAACGCUGCUCAGAACUGACCCAUGACCUGGAGAUGAGAGAGGCCCAAUCUCACCAGCAAGAGGCGAUGUCCCGGGAGUUGGAGAGCAAGUGCCGCACGCUGGAGUCCCAGCUGGCGGAGCGGUCUGCGGCCAACGCGGAGCUGCGGCGGGAGGUGGCGCAGCGCGAGGCGCUGGUGUCCGCGCUGCGCUGCAGCCUGCGCGCUGAGGAGCGCCGCUUCCUGGAGGAGCUGCGUCGCCGCAGCCACCGCGCCACCGUUCUGGGCACCGAGCUGCAGAAGCACACCGAGGCGGCCGCCUACCUCUCCUGCCAGCUGCAUGCUGCGCGCCAGAGACUGCAGACACCACGCCCAGCCCCCGUCGCCGCGGUCGCUGCGGAGUCCCGGCCCCGCCGGCGCGCUCAACGGGCCCGCCGCCAGCCCGCCGCGGAGGCCGCCUCCAAGGGCCCGGGUCGGGACUGGGCUUCCUGGGACCGCGCGGGCGGCCUCCUGGAUGACGCCGACCCCAUGCCCGACCCCGCGCUCUUCCUCUACGCCCGGAGGCCCCCGCGGCCCAGCGGCCGCAGCCCCCGCCAGCCGCCUCCCCAGGAGCCCCCGGACCAAGCUGACCCACUGGCUGCACCCAGCCCGCCCAGUGCGCCCGGGGCCCCCGAGUAGGCACGGGGCUGGCGGGGUGGAGAGUGGGGGAGGCCGGCCCCCGGCUAGGGACGCAGCCCGGGCCACACAGGCAGAUCCCGGGGGCCGAGGAAGCCGGCCGUUCCCCCAGGGAGCGAGCAGUGGUGGCCCCGGCUCCUCCAUCCGUUCCAACCGCCCCGCCUUUUGUAUUUCCCACCGUCUCAGAAGCUUCGAGCUCUCCGCUCCCGCGAAGGCGCUCCUCCGCGGGACGCCGCGAGGGCACCUUUUUUGUAG